GGUGGUGUCAUCAGAGUUGUGGUCGGUGAGUACAGCAUCAAUGCUCAAAAUCAAACUCCAUGCUAUUGUGGUGUUGACAGCCUGCGCGGAUAUGAUCUCAAGGCCACAGUAACAGAUUCAUGAGCAUUCACAUGUCAAGUCACUGCGCUGGUACUUGUCUACUGUCAAGCUUGGUCGACAGCCUAAGCAAGCAUUCCAUCACUACUCACACCCGCCAAACCUACGAUUUCCAUACAUCCAUCGCUCGCCCAUCACUUCUAUCCUUCCCCACGCUCCCCAGCCUUCUCAAACUAAUGACACCAAGGCAUUAUCCCCCAUUAUCAAGAUACACACAUGUCCUCGGCAACCGAUCAUACUUUCGAUAUUAACAAAGCGCGUGCUGACCUUGCCGCAUACGGGAAGGGUGAACCUUGUCGUAAUACCCGGGUUAGUUGAUAUAUAGAUUGUUCCCGCACACACCUCGCUACUGUUGCGCCAAAUGACGCCCAC